AUGAUUGAAUCACAUCCUUCCAUCGACAUCCAGUCGCCCGUUGCUGAAGAAGAGUUCUUUGGUGGACAAAGUCCUACAGAUUCAGACUCGGACUCUGAAUCAGUCCAUAGCCUGGACUCAGAAGAGUCCUCUUCAUAUGCCUCUACGGUUCAAGACGAAACCCAGCCUAAAUGGUAUUCUUUACGCGAAAGAAUACCGACUGUUCCUGUACUCUAUCGUAACAUCUUCAAAUGUGCCGUUGCAUAUUUUAUUGCGUCCUUGUUCACUUUUAAUCCAUACCUUUCGGGAUUCAUGAGCGAUUUGGUGUCCUACGGCUCAGGCGAGCGUAGACCUCUACCUAGUGGGCAUAUGGUAGCCACAGUUGCUGUAUACUUCAAUCCUGCCAAGACGAUGGGCGGCAUGAUUGAAGCGGAUUUCUUCUGCCUCUUCGGUAUUCUCUACUCGGCUUUCAUUUGUCUUUCCUCAAUGUCAAUGUUUUGGUGGUUAGACGUGCAACCUGGAUGGGAAUGGCUGGCUGAUUCACUGGCCAUCGUAUGGGUCGGGGCUGGAAUGAGUUUCCUUGCUUGGAUGAAAGUUUAUAUGGCGAAUCCACAAUUCAACACAGCUGGCAGCAUGAUGGCCAUUAUCAUCUUCGUGGUGCUCGUCAAGGAAGGAGGACUUUUCACACUACUACAAGUCGUCUUCAUCGUUUUAUGCGGUGCGGUCGUUUCAAACCUCAUUUGCUACCUGAUUUGGCCUCAAUCAGCUACCGAUACUCUCCGAUCCAACAUGACCAAAACUCUUGACUCAUUCUCUACGCUCCUCGGAAUGCUCACUGACACAUUUUUGCUCGAAGAACCACUACAUCCGCGUAGUCAAGGCCGUAUCCAACGUGCUGUAGAGGCUCAUCAAAGCAGUUUCACCAGCUUGAAAAAGAAUCUCAAAGAAGCGAGUAGCGAAUGGAUUUUCUGGGGACGUUAUCGCACGCCUACCAGCGGCGCUUUCACGAAACUUGCACGGGGAAACGCACCUAUACGUGACCCCGACAAUGAUGGCGGGAGAAGAAAGGCUUACCAGGACGCGGUGGAUAGUUUGAACCGACUGGCACAACAUCUCAAUGGACUCAGAAGUGGUACAAGGCUGCAAUUCGAGCUAACGCAAGCAGGUGCAGUGGAACGAAAAGCAAGGAAUAAGAAGACUCACGGAGUGCCGUCAAGUAAAUCGGGCCCUUUAGUCGAUGUCUCAUUGGCAGAUUCUAUGGUGGAGGAUGAUGACGAGGAGGCGGCCAUGCUGAAAGCUGCUGCUGUCAUGUUCGGUGACCUGGUGGAUGAUCUCGGGCCCCCCAUGAAAGCUCUUUCCAGCACCUGUACCACCGGUCUCAAACGCCUUCGUGAAUCUUUCAUCCUUUCACAACAAAACCAUUGUCGCACACACCACAGCCAGUUCCACCUUUCAGAAUUCGAUGAAUUGAUUGAAUCAAUCGAGGCUGCCCUACUUCGCUUUGAAAGCACCUCUAAUCACGCUAUGAUGAGACUCUAUCGCAAGAGUGAUCUAGCUCGGAUCUCAAACUCUCAAUACCCAUCCGGGGAAUCGAUGCCUACUACCCCCGUUUCUGCGCGAGGACGUUCGAAUACUGUAACGUCAAUGGCGAAAUCUGAAAACGUCUUUCUCAGUAGUGGAGAUGGCACUGAGCAUGUCUUUUUGGUGUACUUCUUUAUCUUUACAUUGCAAGAAUUCGCCAGGGAGAUGACUAUGCUUGUGGAUGCCAUGGAGAGAAUUUAUGCUAUUGAAGCUGAACGGCUGACCUGGAGUCGUUGGUGGGGCCGAGUCUACGAUGUAUUGAAGAAUGCCCGCAUAAUCUCACCUCAGACUCGUUCCUUCCGCCCCGUUUUCCCAAAAGUCACGCCUCAUGCCCCGGACACGAUACAAACACCUUCAAGAAAAAAUCUUCCCUUCAUUGGAAAGAUAAAACAAAGAUUGUGGUCGUUAGGGAAACGAUUGAGCGAACGAGAUACCAAGUUCGCUGUGAAAGCUGGUAUGGCUACCGCGAUACUUGCUGCUCCUGCGUUCUUCGAUUAUACGAGGCCGUUGUUCGUAAAGUAUUAUGGAGAUUGGGCUUUGAUUUCGUUCUUUGUAGUAAUGUCUCCUACAAUUGGUGCUACCAACUUUCUCAGUCUACACCGUAUCUUAGGGACUUUGUUUGGCGCUGCCGUAGCUGCAGGGAUCUUCUCUUUAUUCUCAGAAAACGCUAUAUUCCUCUCAAUCUUUGGAUUCUUCUUUUCCAUCCCCUGUUUCUACUAUCUCGUAUCGAAACCGGCGUAUGCCUCCUCCGCGCGUUUUGUGCUGCUCACGUAUAACUUGACGUGUUUGUAUUGUUACAACCUUCGAGAAAAGGACUUGUCCGUUGCCAAGGUCGCUUACCAUCGUGCGCUUUCGGUCACAAUCGGUGUCGUCUGGGCUGCUCUGGUGUCAAGGUUUUGGUGGCCUGCUGAAGCCAGGCGGGAGCUUUCAAAGGCACUUGGCGAAUUCUGUUUGAAUGUCGGAUGGUUAUACACUAGACUGGUCAUGUCAAAUUCGUUCACUCCGGAACACAUUGACGAAGAUGGGGAUGUGGAUGCAGAGACCCCUCCGUCUACCGCUAACACUUCUGUGGAACGUCCUAGGGUGAAUAGCUCUAUCAAAGCAUUCAUGGCAAUGGAACUUCAUCUGCAAAUCAAGCUCAUAGAGUUGCAGGGCCUUCUUGGCCAAGCGCAACAUGAACCUCGUCUCAAGGGGCCGUUCCCCGUCGCGAUGUAUCGAGGGAUUUUGACGAGCCUGCAGACUAUUCUUGAUAAGCUGCAUAGCAUGCGCUGCGUCACAACCCGUGAGGAAUGGUAUACGAACGUCAGACAAGACUUUAUCAUCCCGGUCAACAAAGAGCGGCGGGAUAUGGUUGGAAAUAUCAUUCUCUACUUUUCAACGUUAGCAUCCGCCUUUCGGCUCAAAGCCCCUCUACCACCUUAUCUCCCGCCUGCUGAGGAAUCUCGGCAGCAGCUGGUUCAUGCUAUCCGACGACUCGAAGUGGUCCGCAACCGUGACGUUAAAGGUUCUAGGCAGUUGCUUUUCUUUGCGUAUGCUAUGGCCAUGAAAGGCGUCACGCAAGAGUUGCAGACACUGGGACAUACAUUGCAAGAUGCAUUUGGUGUUAUUGGUCAGUCGACAGCAGAGUUUGAUGCGCUGUUUAUGGACGCGGAAGAUCAAAGCAGGAGACCGGAAUAUUUCGCAUGA